UCGAUCACGAGGGAACAUCGAGGCGCGGUAUCACACGUUUCAACCCUCGUGUUUCUUCGUGCUCCAUUCCCAAAACUGGAAAUAUUUUCACUAAUUUCACUUUCAUUUUCGCUUCGUGCUUGUGAUUCUGUUUGUGAAGAUAAACGUAAUAAAAAAUCGUCGAGAUUUUGUCGUCGUUUAAGCUAUCGAGUUUUGUGAAUUUUUGGUGAAGAAAACUUUCUUCGGAUGAAGGAAUUGUGAAAGAUUUGUGAGAAAAUUCGGGAUCGAAUUGCUUGCAUUGUGGUGAAAUCAUAUGAUUAAUCGGAUUAAUAUUAAUAUCGCUAUUAAUAUUCGUGAAUGUAUAUUGCAUUAUAUUUAGAAUGGUCUUGUUAUAAUCGGUUAUAUUGAUUAUUUUAUGGAUUAUAUUUUAUGGAGUUACAAUUAAUCGAAGAUAUUUUUUUUAUAAUAAAUUGACGUUCGUCACGACUUGUUAGAAAUCAUUACACGCCUAUUUUUGAACAAUCAUCAAAUUUAUCAUCGCUACCAUGUUCAUUGUCGCAGAUAUUAUCAUGAUCUAUCUUAACGCAGUUUGAAAUUUAUAAUAUCUAUGAUGACGAAGUAAAGGAGGGAAGACAUUUGAAGAAAUUAGCAUCAUAUGUCUAUUUUGUGGAUAAAAUUAUUAUUAAUCAAAUAUUUUCCUCUAUUGAAAUUGGAUAUAAUUUAUCAAGAAAUCUUCGUCGGAAAUUAUAUCAGAACUAAGAUCAAUUGAAAUUUUCUUCAAUUUUCUCGACACGAGUCUAUGAUGCCCUAAGAAGGAUCUGUUUAUUAAACGGAAAUUAAAACUUUUUAAAAAGAUUGAAUUUUGUUGUGAACAUAUUUGAAUCAAUUGAUCAGUGGUGCAAGAAAAAAAAGUGAAAAAAGUAGAAGGAAUUUAAUAUGAUGUUGGGAAGUUACGAGGCGCAGCCGGAUUACUAUCCGCAAUGGCAUCAACCCUAUAAUUAUGUUACACAAUUACCGUAUGGUCCGUUGAACAUGCCAGAUGCGGAUAGCCAAUCGACGUACUGGGGCGCGGAUUCCGGGAUUUCUGGGGGUAGUUCUGGCGCAGGAAGUCCCACCGCCUCAACACCUCCCUUGAUCGAAGAGAUUGGUGUCCAGGAACCCAGUUACUCCCCUCUACAACAAUACCCACAAACUUCGAUGAACCAACACUAUUCCAAUCUAACUUAUCCACCCCAACAAGACGUCCCUCAUCAUCAUUUUCAUCAUCAUCACCAUAAUCAUCAUCAACAAAAUCAUAGAAGAGAUAGCGAUUAUUCCACGGUUUCUUCGAUAAAUCAAGUCGAUGGUUCGCUUCAACAACAUCUUAGACAAGGAGUCAGAGAUGGUGGCGUAGUUGUCAGGCCUAAAAGAAGAAAUACAGCGAAUAAAAAAGAAAGAAGACGAACGCAGAGCAUAAAUAACGCGUUUGCCGAUCUUCGUGAUUGUAUUCCGAAUGUACCGGCAGAUACGAAGUUAUCGAAAAUUAAGACGUUGAGACUAGCAGCUUCGUAUAUUGGAUACUUGAUGGCGGUAUUGGAGAGUGACGAGGGAGAGGAACCGCAAACUUUUCGCGCCGAGAUUUUGUCCAAUGGCAGGAGAAACAAGACGGUUCAGGCAAAUCAGAAUGAAUCGUAUUUACACCAAACAGGUGUAGGAACUGAGGAAUCGUCGAAAAGCAAAGGACGAACUGGUUGGCCGCAGCAUAUGUGGGCCCUCGAAUUGAAGCAGGAAUCGCCUACAAACCAGAUGCAAUAAAAUUACUGAUCUCUAUCUAUUUUUGACGCAGUGGCUUCUGUUCUACUGUGAUUAUCAAGAAACGAAUCAAAUGUAAGGUUAGAUCAAAGUUGGUAGCGAGCCAGGAAAUUUCAGAACAAUUUUCGAUUAUUCUUGAUUUUUCCUAGCCAUUUAUUAGAUAUUUAAAAAAAUUUUUUCAUUUUUCAAUCGACGAAAUAUUAUAUAAUAAGCUAAAAUUAAUUUAUUUACAUAACUAUAAAAUAAGAUUAAUUAGUGCAAAAAUUGAAACAAAUACAAUAUUAACCCUGUAAUACUAUAUCUAAAUACAUAAUCCUGAUAACAUUAUAUUUGGAAAUUCUUAUAAUAAGUAUUCUCAUCGCGAAAAUAAAUAGAAUUUAAGUGAUCAAAAA